CAUUCCAAAAACGGUCAAAGCGGCGAGUCAUAUGACUCUUAGAUAAAAUUACUAAUUAUACAUGUUCAAGAUUGUGACGACACUGAAGAAAGUAGAAAGCCAAGAUGACCAGACAGUUUGUUUUCGCUUCUUUCCGUUCGCGAGAGUCACUUCUUUCCUGGUCCGUCAAUUGCGAUUGAUCUCUUGGUGAUACAAAGUCACGUGGUAUGGAAACUGAAGAACAUAGUAGUAGCCAUGUUUACGACGACGAGGAAGACGAAGAGCUCUUUAUGUUGAUACAAGAGUCGAGCGGAAAAGAAGGAGACGUGAUCGAGAGAUUCCCUGUUCGCAAUAUUUGGUACCUCGUCGGCGCAGGACUCGUGGUAUUAGCAGCGUCUUCGUUUUUUACCGAUCAGGUUGAAAUAAAAUUUGAUUCGCGGCUAGAGGACGUUGAAAAGAAGAAUCUAUCUGCUGUGGACGAUGCUCGGGUCGAAAACGAAUCGGAUAUUGGCAACGAUAGCGGAUACGGGACUGUGGACGUCAAAGCAGACUUGCAUGGCAAAUCCAACGCGCUCGAUGAUUCGAACAAAAGCGCUAGCACAAAUUUCGCUGAACAUUCCGUGUCCAUAAAUGAUGUGGAAGAUUUUUAUGCCUCCAUCGAGCCUGGCUUGAAACCCCGUUUCAAUGUGCUCUCCCCAUCUUAUAUUCCGCGAGGCCAGCCGCUUGCGCAGGAAAAGCGAAAUGAAAUCAAAACGAAGUGGGGGUCUUGGACCCUUGUCGACGAAGUGAGCCGGCCGGAGGAAGAUUUUUUUGCACGGUAUCCUUAUCGCGAUGUCCCGAGGAAUGAUUUUCCAAGUAACGCCUGGCAAGUGGACGUCGCAUAUUUAUCGCGAUUUCUGCCAGAAGCUGAGGCCUUAGUGACGAGGUCGAUGGAAGCGAUUCUCGCGGAAUUGGCCCAUUCUCCAAUAGAAGAGCCAGGUAUGACAAUAGAGGAACGCUCCAAACUCUUCGAACUUGAACAGACUGAUCAUGAUAUCAAGUUGAAAAACGUCAUGUUUGAUGGAUGCGGCUACACUUCUCCAGAUAGUGAAGGUUUGCUAGCGAGACGCAUAUUACACGCCGUCAUGACCGAAGAUAAUUUUAAUUUUGUGAUGGGAGGCCAUUCCGCUGCUGCUGGGCAUGGCAACAACUUUCAGCAAUCCUACACAUUGCAGUUUCAACGUAUUUUAGAACCCAUCUUGGCACGGUUGGGUGUACGACUACAAGCACAUAAUUUUGGUAUGGGGGGACUAGGCACGAGCCAAAACGCAAUGGCCGCCAGAGACCUUUACGGCAAUGAGAUCGAUAUUUUAAUGUGGGAUUCUGGUAUGACAGAGAAAUCGAAUUGGCACCAGAACUUGUUCGUCCAGCAGAGUCUACUGGGAGCCGAGGGGCGUGUUCCGAUGCUGUGGAACACUGCCAAUCUAUUUACCUACCACGAUGAACUAGGUGUGGAUAUCAUGCAGGUUGGGGGGUUCUGGAAAGUGGGAGAUAAAUAUUUGCCACUUUCAGACGACCCAGUCCAGGUCAAAGGGCUUCCUUACGCAGUGCAGUACCUGAAGCCGUCUUCUGGAAUGCAAGGUGAAACUCGAGCUAACCGUUACAAUGGUACGUGUUGGAUCGAUCGACCAGAUAUCGAUCCGCCUACUAAGCAAGCCGACUUCCCCGGGGGUCGAGCGAGCUGGCAUCCGGGCAACCGUGAACAUCAAUACGCAAGCCGUCUGAUGUUGUUUCAGGUGCUGAAGGCUUUGCAAAAGGCUAUUCACAUUUGGCGAGAUGCAGACGACUUUGCCUUGCCUGACAAGGCUUGGCACAUGGGCGAACAUUACGACUCCAUCAAAUCCAAGCUGCAAUCGUGGAACAAUACAGCCUGCAAAGCGAAUGCCGUUCUGCCACCUCGAUGGUGCGAAGUGGCUUUUCAAGGGCGAUCCGAAUACCUUCCACGGGCCAAUCCAAGCGAAACUAGCAUUCGGUCGUUGGUUAAAGAGAGUAUGACAAUACCGGAAGUGAAACGCAACUUGUACGAUCCUCCGGAUGUUUGGAUGCCCGUGCUGGAUCCUCCUGAUGGAGACAUCGAUGUGCUGUCAAUAGUCGAAAAUGGGGUUGAAUUCGCUGCCAAUCGUCAGCGCAUAAAACAUGCUCUAGACUAUAUUCAAAAGUCGAAACAUCGGGUCGCUUUGUUGAACAACAAUUCUGAAAUCGUACCUGGAAAGGGAUGGUACUCUCACACAAAGUCGGCUCCCGACAACUGCGAUGGAACUUACGAUUCCUUUUGCGGGCAUUCUGCGGAUGAACGGUGCCUUUUGAUAGGUCAUAACGACGACCGCGGAGGGCUGACGUACAAUAGCUUGAGUGGCUGGCUAAUUCUGAACAUCGAAAAUGUCCGUGAAGGGAUCAUUGCCAUUAAGGUGUUUGCAAACGCUGACAACCCCUUGACGAAAGGGUGGUGCUCCGUGAACAAUGAAGAACCGUGCACAGGCACUGAAGUCAACAGCGGAGUAGAGGACAAUCCUAGCGAUCGGCGCCUGGUCGAUGCUCCACUGUGUGAGGACUUUCGGUUCGAGUUCGCCAUUGAUGGUGAAAUAACGAGUUGGACGAGAGUCGAAUGGGAAGAGAAAAAGAUGAACGUUGACCGGGUUGUUGCCGUAUGGACUCUACUGGAUGAUCCCGGCUUUUCCAACGGUAGUUCUGUUGAUGUGGAGUUAGCGAUUCGAAUGAUGGGUUGCGACCAAAAAACAACGCAUGACUUAACCCAUGUGUACUGGGCAUAGGAUGUAUCGUCUCUCUCUAGACCCUUACACCCAACCCAAACUACCGACGAUCUCCUAACUUUAAAGUAGGAGUAUAGGCCAUGCGCAGCACCAG